AUCACAGGCUUAGCGGCCAAUUUGUCGAGUAGACGUGCAUAAAAAGUGUUCUCUUCGUCUACAAUAAGCUCACCCACAAAAUGCCUUCCAUUCUGCUUUUGGGUUCUGGAUUCGUCGCUCAUCCUACGUUGGCCUACUUGGCCCGCCGUAAGGAAAACCAAAUCACCGUUGCUUGCCGUACGCAGGCCAAGGCUCAAGCCUUUGUCGGUGACAUUCCUAACGCCAAGGCUAUUGCUUUGGAUGUCUCGGAUGAGGCUGCUCUCGAGAAGGCUGUUUCUCAACACGACCUUGUCAUCAGCUUGAUUCCUUACACCUACCAUGCUGCCGUUAUGAAGGCUGCCAUCAAGUUCGGCAAGCAUGUCUGCACUACGAGUUACGUUAACCCCCAAAUGGCCGAGCUCGAGGAGGCUGCUAAGAAGGCCGGCUCCAUUUGCAUGAAUGAGAUUGGUGUUGACCCCGGUUUGGACCACUUGUACGCCAUCAAGACCAUUUCCGAGGUUCACAACGAGGGUGGCAAGAUCAAGUCUUUCCUCUCCUACUGUGGUGGCCUUCCCGCUCCCGAGGACUCCAACAACCCUCUUGGAUACAAGUUCUCCUGGUCCUCUCGUGGUGUCUUGCUUGCUCUCCGUAACAGCGCCAAGUUCUACAAGGAUGGUAAGCUUGUCACCAUUGACGGUCCCGAUUUGAUGGACUCUGCUAAGCCCUACUUCAUCUACCCUGGCUACGCUUUCGUCUGCUACCCCAACCGUGACUCUACCGUCUACAAGGAGCGCUACGACAUCCCAGAGGCCGAGACUGUCAUUCGUGGUACCCUUCGUUACCAAGGUUUCCCCGAGUUCGUCCACUGCCUUGUGGACAUGGGUUUCUUGGAUGACACUCCUCGUGACUUCUUGAACCCCAGUGAGCCCGGUAUGCCCUGGAAGGAGGUUGUUGCCAAGGUCAUUGGCGCUCCCUCUUCCUCUGAGGCCGAUUUGGUCAAGACUAUUGUUGCCAAGCACACUUUCAAGGACGAGGAUGACAAGAAGCGUAUCAUCAACGGUCUCAAGUGGCUUCACAUGUUCUCUGCCAAGCCCGUCACUCCCCGUGGCAACCCUCUUGACACUCUCUGUGCCACUCUCGAAGAGCUUAUGCAAUUCGGUGAGGGAGAGCGUGACAUGCUUAUCUUGCAACACAAGUUCGAGAUUGAGACCAAGGAGGGCAAGAAGCAAACUCGUACUUGCACCAUCUUGGACUACGGCCACCCUGACGGCUACACCUCUAUGGCCCGUUUGGUUGGUAUCCCCUGUGGUGUUGCUUCUCAACAAAUUUUGGACGGUGUCAUCAACACUCCUGGUGUUCUUGCCCCUAAUGACAUGGCCAUGUGCCAACCUUUGAUUGAUGACCUUGCCAAGGAGGGCAUCAAGCUUGAGGAGGAAAUCAUUGACGAAGAGUAAAUUAUUACUCUCCCAGUGAAAUAACAAAUAACUAAAAUGCAGUUGAAAAAUGCAAAGUUGUUGAUCGAAGUAUUACUUAUGUCUGUAUGAUUUGCGUCUGGUUUGUUCAUAACUCAUGUUUCACUUGGAUGAGAAAUACCGCUCAGUGCAUUUUUUGUUACUUUCAAACAACAAUUACGCUUACCUUGGGAUCUCGUUGCUGACCAACUCGUAUGCCUUCCAAUCGCUAUUCCGUCUUCCGUACUAUAGAGUUAAUAUUGGACAUUUUCAUCUAAUUAAAAAUGAAGCUGUACCGUACGAAAAAAGAAACAAGAAAAUACAGGGUCUACUGGAAGAAAGUACUAAUAAAUGGGAAAGGGAAGCAAUGUGCGUGAACUGGUGCGGGAAAUUAAGGACGUGCCGUACUGUCUUUUCCACCCUGGGCAUCGUAUUUCUGAUGUAAAACGUGUUCCAAUUCAUCCACUCGUUGCUGCCGAAUGUCCUGUUGUUCUCGCCGGUCCAUCUGCCACCAUAAUAAGUGAAGUCCGUAGUAAGAAACCAGUGAGAAUAGCACGACCUUGGCGAUAGGCCGAGCAAAGUUUCGGUAGUACAUAACAUGUGGCGAUGGUUCUCUAGGUGAACCACCAGCGCUGUUUGUGUUCCACCGCUGUUGAAAUAAGCGAAAACGCGGACGGAAAAGUCCUUGGUUGCCUAAUAAACCCAUUCGCAAUACCAUUGCUCGUGUACACGAAUACAAUGAGUGUGUAAAGUUGUACGGGAUUCAAAGGGGUGUGCACAAAUCUUUGUCCGCUUGUAUGUAACGCGGUGCAGGAUAAGCGCGUUAAGUAGGAAAGGAAAUGAAUAAACACAGUUGAUGAAAUGGGAAAAGUAAAUUGCAGGAGAUGUAUGUGGCAGGCAAUGUGACGCAGUGCACGAAGUCGCAGACGGCAAUGAGUUAACAAUGUCCUUAAAAUAUGGACUUUGUUAAGAUGCGACAGCCAAAAAGCCCCAUGCUGCACUAGAUCAAACACCGUCUAUAUAUAAUGGAAGAAUACGCACUCGGUUCUUCCUCACUGGAAACGUUCUUAAAAGCCAAGAAUAUGCAUAAUUAGAGCGCCAACGGUAACAACAACGAAGAAAGACAGCACUGUCGCAGGUAUACCAGCGCGUAAGAAAUCUUUCACAGAAAGGUACCGUUCACCCACCUCGUUUUCCAUCAUGAUAGCCGUCAUGUUGGGGAAACCACUAGUGGGAAGAGCCAUUGCAAUUGAACACAUGAGUCCAGCAGCCAUGACGAAAAGUCUUGGAUGGGGAUCCUCAAGACGACUGCCAACUUCGUAAAUAAUGGGCAGGACAAUCAUCGCUGCAACCAUGUGCGAGACGAAAGUUGCAACCACAAUAGUAAGACCGGAGAAGACAAGCAAGACCGUAUAUGUACCCAUAGUUUGGAUUUGUUUGCCAAUCUCCGUGGCAAUUAAUUCAAGCAAUCCCGAGGAGGAGACAGCCUAUAUUAAGGUUAGCAAAUAAAUCUAAACGCAACGCAUGUUUUCUCUUACCUUUCCUAAAGCAACACCACCCAUGCCAAGUACGAUAACUGUCCACAAAAAGUUAUUGAAAUCUUCCUUCGUAAGCAGACCAGUACCGAAGAACACAAGGAUGGGAAGCAGUGCAAUGACACCCAUGUCACCAAACACGUCGUCGAAACGACGCUCAAGACACCAUAAAAUGAUAGUGACGCAGGUAACGCCAACGAUGAAUGACUGUGUGCGUGUGAACUUGUCACGGGUUUGACGAACGGCAGCCAAAACAAGAUGUUCUUGCUUGAAAAGCACGAAGGCAAGCAAAAACCACACGCCCAGAACACAAAUCGUGCAAACCGGCAAUGAAACAGCAAACCACUGUCCCCAACCCGGAGCCGGAUCCAUGUUUUGCAAGGCGACAAUGUUUUGCGGAGACGCGAUUGGAGACGCCAUACCACCGAUAUUGGACGCGAGGGCAAUUCCCAAAAUUAAAACUUUCGCAAAGUUCGAUUCAGGUGGGAGAUUGCGCAAAACAGGUUGUGUUAUAGAGAAACAAAGCACUGGAGCGGCAACGUUGCUAAUCCACAUGCUUGCUCCCAUGGCUACAAACAUAUUCAUGAGCAGUACAUUCCGGGGCUUCCGACCAACGCGAGAGAGAAUAGCCGUAGCCAUGCGCUUUGCAAUAUGGUAUUUGCUGAGUGCGGCAGCCAGUGUAAAACCACCAAGAAGCAAAACAAUUGUAGGAUUCCACAUAGAAGCAAAGAUAACUCGAGCAGAGUCUUUGCCUGACAAACGAGAACCG